AUGGCAAAGAGUGACUCAAUCUACAAUGAGGAGAAUGAUAGAGCCAACAGAGGGGAUGACCAGCAGACAAGGAGAGAUAUCAAGUCUUUGCAAGACAAAAAGGAGCCCAACUUUCAGUACAACAACUACCAGCAAAGACCUUAUUCCAACAACCAACAAGGUGGUUACCAGCCUAGGAACGACCAACAAGGAAGCCAUCAACCUCAGCAAAACCCUCCUGGUUUCUCCAACAAAGGAAACCAGUCUACUCAAGCCCAAGGAAGUUCUUCUCAACCUAAGGCUCAAGACACAAGUGUGGAAUCAAUGUUCAAGCAACUACUUGAAGCUCAAUCAAGAAAUGAGAAGCAAAUUGGAACUCUUCCCGGAAAGCCUGAGCAAAACCCAAAGGAGACAAUGAAAGCAAUCACUCUAAGGAGUGGCAAAGAGUUGUCUUCAAGAGUUCUCACCAAGGAUGAUGAGAAACAAGGUGGGGAUGUGGCCAUCAACAUAGAUGAUGAUGUGGUGAUUGUAGAUGAGAAGACCAAUGAUGAGAUCUUGGAGAAGAUAGUAGAAGCUAAGGGUAAAGGGAAGAUUGGAGAAGAGAAGAAAACAGUGAAACAUGGUGAAGUUGCUACUCCAUCAAAAGAAUCUUCUUUUAUCCCUCCUCCUUAUGAACCCAAGCUCCCAUUUCCUGGAAGAUUCAAGAGGCAACUGUUGGAGAAGUACAAGGCACUCUUUGAGAAACAAAUGAGUGAAGUUCAGGUCACAAUGCCUAUCAUUGAUGCUUUCAUGCUGAGAUUGAACAUUCCUAAGAAGCUAGAAGAUCCAGGAUGCUUCACACUCCCUUGUGCCAUUGGUCCUAUAGAGUUUGAGAAGUGUCUUUGUGAUCUUUGGGCUAGUGUCAGUCUCAUGCCUUUGUCAGUUGCGAAAAGACUUGGAUUCACUCAGUACAAGAAGUGCAGGCUUUCAUUGGUAUUGGCUGAUCGAUCGGUGAAGUUCCCUGUUGGUAUCUUAGAAGAUCUCCCAGUGAUGGUUGGAAAUUGUGAGAUUCCUACAGACUUUGUGGUGCUUGAGAUGGAUGAGGAGGCUAGAGACCCUUUGAUCCUUGGUAGACCAUUCUUAGCUACAGCAGGAGCUAUAGUGAAUGUGAAAGAAGGAAAGAUUGAUCUCCAUCUGGGUAAAGGGCAUGUUCUCCACUUUGACAUCAAAGAGAUGAUGAAGAAGCCAGCUGUGCAAAACCAAGCCUUCUACAUAGAGGAAAUGGAAGCUCUAGCUGAUGAGCUUUUUGAGGAGUUGGGACUAGAAGAUUCUCUACAACAUGCUUUGACCAUAGACAAAGAGGUCCAAGUAGUAGAGAACAAGGAGAGUGCAGCCUAUGGGAGAAUGUUGGAUUCGCGCAAGGGGUUUGUGGAUAAGGAGCAGUAUGAGGAGCUACCACAAGCAUCUUCAGCUACUCAACAAGAGGACAGUCAUCAAGAUGACUGGAGCGAGCUCAAAGCCCCUAAGGUGGAGCUUAAACCCCUUCCCCAUGGUGUAAGGUACGCUUUUCUUGGCCCUAAUGAAACUUACCCUAUCAUUGUGAGUAGUGAACUUACUGAACUUGAGCUAUCUGAACUUUUAAAUGCACUUAAAAGAUUUAGAAAAGCAAUAGGGUACUCUCUUGAUGACAUCAAAGGGAUAUCACCUACUUUGUGCAUGCAUAGGAUACAUCUUGAGGAUGAAUCUAUGACUUCUAUAGAACAUCAAAGAAGGUUGAAUCCUAACUUGAAAGAUGUUGUAAAGAAAGAGAUUCUUAAACUCUUAGAUGCUGGUGUGAUCUACCCUAUCUCAGAUAGUAAGUGGGUAUCUCCUGUGCAUGUAGUCCCAAAAAGUGGUAUCACUGUGGUUAAGAAUGAGAAGGAUGAAUUAAUACCAACUAGGACCAUAACUGGUCAUAGGAUGUGUAUUGAUUACCGAAAACUUAAUUCAGCCUCUAGAAAAGAUCAUUUUCCAUUGCCAUUCAUUGAUCAAAUGCUUGAGAGGCUUGCAAAUCAUCCUUUUUAUUGCUUUCUUGAUGGGUAUUCAGGGUUCUUCCAAAUCCCCAUACAUCCCAAUGAUCAAGAGAAGACAACAUUCACAUGCCCCUAUGGCACCUUCGCUUAUCGAAGGAUGCCAUUUGGGUUAUGUAAUGCUCCAGCUACCUUUCAAAGGUGCAUAAUGUCUAUCUUCUCUGACCUCAUUGAGGAUGUUGUGGAGGUGUUUAUGGACGACUUCUCUGUCUACGGAUCCUCGUUUUCUGCUUGUUUGUCAAAUUUGUGCAGGGUCCUACAGAGAUGUGAAGACACCAACUUUGUGCUGAACUGGGAGAAGUGCCACUUCAUGGUUAAGGAAGGGAUUGUGCUUGGGCACAAGAUUUCAGAGAAAGGCAUUGAGGUGGACAAAGCCAAGAUUGAAGUGAUGGUUAAGCUGCCUCCACCAAAGACAAUAAAAGACAUUAAAAGCUUUCUUGGUCAUGCGGGGUUCUACAGAAGGUUCAUCAAAGACUUUUCCAUGAUCUCUAGACCAAUGACCAAGCUGCUGUGCAAAGAAGCUUCCUUUAGCUUUGAUGUAGAGUGUCUUGAAGCCUUCAAGAAGCUGAAAGGCGAGCUAGUGAGUGCACCUAUUGUCCAGCCACCAGAUUGGAACCUCCCCUUUGAGAUCAUGUGUGAUGCUAGUGACUACGCUGUUGGAGCAGUCUUGGGGCAAAAGAAAGACAAGAAGACACAUGUGAUCUACUAUGCUAGUAGAACUCUUAAUGAUGCCCAAGUGAAGUACUCUACAACAGAGAAGGAGCUGUUAGCCAUCGUUUUUGCCUUUGAGAAGUUCAGGAGUUACCUUGUGGGAUCUAAGGUGAUUGUCUACACAGAUCAUGCAGCUUUGAGGCACCUCCUAGCCAAGAAAGAUGCCAAGCCAAGACUGUUGAGGUGGAUUCUGCUGCUUCAAGAGUUUGAUCUCGAGAUUAAAGACAGACCUGGAGUUGAGAAUGGUGUAGCUGAUCACUUGUCUAGAAUGAGAGUGGAGUGUGGUAUCCCCAUUGAUGAAGGACUUCCGGAGGAACAGCUUAUGGCUAUUAGAGCAGAACCUUGGUAUGCUGAUUUUGUGAACUAUCUUGUUACUGGGAAGGAGCCACUGGAUCUUGAAGGCUAUGCCAAGAAGAAGUUUUACAAGGAGUUGAAGAGGUACUAUUGGGAUGAGCCCUUUCUCUACAUACUUUGCAAGGAUCAACUCUAUAGAAGGGUAGUGGCUGAAGAAGAAACUAGUGGGCAAGUGGAGCUUUCAAACAGGGAAAUCAAAAGCAUAUUGGAGAAGGUUGUGGGUACUAAGAGGAAAGACUGGUCAGACAAGCUUGAUGAUGCACUUUGGGCUUAUAGGACAGCAUACAAGACUCCCUUAGGCACUACACCCUUCAACCUUGUCUAUGGGAAAGCUUGUCAUCUACCAGUUGAGCUUGAGUAUAAGGCAAUGUGGGCUGUGAAGCUGUUGAACUUUGAAAUCAAGAGUGCCAAGGAGAAGAGACUGUUUCAGCUACAUGAGCUUGAUGAGAUAAGGAUGGAUGCUUUUGAAAGCUCAAGGAUCUACAAAGAAAAGACCAAAGCCUUUCAUGAUAAGAGCAUCUUGAAGAGAGAGUUCAAGGCUGGAGAUCAAGUUCUUCUCUACAAUUCUAGGCUGAAAUUGUUUCCCGGAAAGCUAAGAUCAAAAUGGUCCGGACCUUUCAAGAUCAAGGAAGUAAAGCCAUAUGGAGCAAUUGUGCUAUGGGAUAAGAAUGGAGGAGAUUUCACAGUCAAUGGACAAAGAGUGAAGCUAUACAUGGCUACUACACCAGAGGAAGAUGGAAUGUCAGUUCCACUUUCUGAUCCUACCCCAGCUUAG